AAAAAGAAAAAAGAAAAGCUAGUGUUUGUCGUCUUCUCUGUUCAGUUCUCCUGCAAUUUGGGAUAUUUCUUUGUGUCUGCAUUUUCAUACAUUGAUCCAGUAGAAACAGUCAGAUUUGUCAGAUACAUAAGGGAAGAUGGAGACCGCUCUGCUUAGUGGAGAGAGCGGCGGCGGCGGCCGGCGGUUAAGGGGAGGCGCUUUCAGCAGCCGAUCAGAUGCGAUUGUGUACGGAUCCAUUUACCAGAAGGCCGCUGCUCUGGUUGAUCUUGCUGAAGAUGGUAUUGGCAUACCUGAGGAAAUCCUUGAACAAUCAAGCUUUUCAAGUGCAGCAAAGUUAUACUUUGUCUUUACACGAUUUGAUUUUCUAUGGUCCCUAAAUUGUUUUUCUAUGAUCGUUCUAAACUUUCUAGAGAAACCACUAUGGUGCUCCAAACAAUCUGCAUAUACCUGUAGUGACAGAGAGUACUACUUUCUUGGGCAGCUCCCAUACUUGAGUCACACUGAGUCUCUAAUAUAUGAGGGUGUUACUCUGUUAAUUCUCAUGGCACAUGUUUUAUUUCCCAUAUCAUAUGAAGGUUUUCAGAUAUACUGGAGAAGUAUUCUCAAUAGGUUGAAGGUCCUAUUGCUGUUAGUUUUGGUUGCAGACCUGGUGGUUUAUGUUCUCUCCAUAGCUGGCUUGUACUAUCUUCCAUUCAGGGCUGCACCCUAUUUGAGGGUUGUGUUUUUUAUUCUGAAUAUCAGGGAGUUGGGGGACAGCAUCUUGAUCCUUGCUGGAAUGUUGGGUACCUACCUCAAUGUCAUGGUUUUGUCAAUUUUGUUUCUUUUGUUCUGUAGUUGGUUAGGAUAUGUCAUAUUUGAGGACACCCAACAAGGAAAAACUGUAUUUACAUCAUAUAGUGCGACCUUGUCCCAGAUGUUUGUUUUGUUUACGACAUCAAACAAUCCAGAUGUCUGGAUACCUGCAUACAAGGAAUCGCGAUGGUAUUGCUUGUUUUUUGUUCUAUAUGUGCUAUUGGGUGUUUAUUUCGUCACGAAUUUGAUUCUUGCUGUUGUAUAUGAUAGCUUCAAAAGUGAGCUGGCCAAGCGUGUGGCUGAGAAGGAUCGGGUGAGGCUAAGGAUAUUGAAGAAAGCAUUUAGUUUGGUUGAUUAUCAUAGCUGUGGGUAUCUGAAUAAAGAGCAAUGCAUCCAUUUGUUUGAGGAACUUAAUAAGUACAGGUCUCUGCCUAAAAUAUCAAGAGAUGAUUUUGAACUAAUAUUUGAUGAGCUAGAUGACACCCGUGACUUUAAGAUAGAUUUGGAUGAAUUUUUUGAUCUAUGCAAAGCCAUUUCACUUAGAUUUCAGAAGGAGGAAUCUUUGCCAAUAUUUGAAACCUUUCCAAAUCUCUACCAUUCAACAACAUCUGAGAAGCUGCGAAACUUUGUUCGAAGCCCUAAGUUUGGGUACAUUAUAGUGUCUAUUCUCAUCAUCAAUCUCGUAGCUGUGGUAAUUGAGACUAUGCUCGAUAUAGAGGACAGUUUGUCUCAAACCUUAUGGCAGAAGGUGGAAUUUGUAUUCGGUUGGCUUUAUGUGAUUGAGAUGGCAUUGAAAAUCUAUACGUAUGGUUUUGUGAACUAUUGGAGGGAUGGUCAAAAUCGCUUUGAUUUUGUUGUCACUUGGAUUAUCGUUAUUGGAGAAACUAUAACAUUUGCAGCUCCUGAUGGGCAGACUUUUCUAUCUAAUGGGGAAUGGAUUAGGUAUCUUCUUAUUGCAAGAAUGCUACGUCUAAUAAGGCUAUCAUUGCAUGUCCGAAGAUAUCGUGCUUUUGUUGCAACAUUCUUUACUCUCAUACCAAGUCUCAUGCCAUACUUGGGGACCAUAUUCUGUGUAUUGUGCUUUUAUUGCUCUUAUGGUUUACAGAUCUUUGGUGGGCUUGUCAAUGCCGGAAACCCCAAUUUAGAUGGAACUGAUCUCGCUGAUAAUGAUUAUUUGCUUUUCAACUUCAAUGACUAUCCAAAUGGAAUGGUAACACUUUUCAACCUGUUGGUGAUGGGAAACUGGCAAGUAUGGAUGCAGAGCUACAAGGAAUUGACUGGGACUUCUUGGAGUUAUGUCUAUUUUAUCAGUUUCUAUGCUAUCACAGUUUUAUGGCUCUUAAAUUUGGCAAUAAUUGUAGCAUUCGUCUUGGAGGCUUUUCAAGCUGAGAUGGAUAUGGAAACCACAGCAGUGCUCGAAGAUGGCGAGAACAAGGAACAAAGAGAGGACAGACGUCGUAAUUUUGGCACAAAGACAAGGAGCCAGCGAAUUGAUGCCCUUCUCCAUCAUAUGCUGAGCUCUGAGCUCACACAAUGCUCAACCCCUUAAUUUCUCAAUUCAUAAUUUAUCUCCAAGUUUAUACUCAUCAUCAGUCCACAUUAUGCCUAGAGGUUAGCUAUUGUGAACACACAUCCUUAAAUUUCAACUCCUCUUCACAUAUUUUUCUGCUACUGAUAAUGAAAAGUUAAAAAAAGGGGGAAUAUGCCAGUUGUACUCUUUGUGAUUUUAGCACUCUCAAAUGCGAGCAAUAAAGAUAAUCUUGGUUU